AUGACGUGGCUGGAGAUGCGGAUUCUUGCCAAUACGGGGCGGCCCUUCGACACGGUCGACGACGCCCUCGUGUCCGGCGACAGCGUCCGCUUCUUCGUCAACGUCGACCCGGAGGUCCAGCAGAGUCUCGCAGACAGCGAAGGGUCCGGCUGUGUCCUGCCCCACACGUCCAGGAAGUACCUGAAGCUGAAGAGCUUCGGGGAGGAGAUCCGGGCGCGCCGGAACCUGGACGGCUUCCCGCCCCGGGCCGGCAUCCUCCCGGACGAGACGGCCGCGCCGGACGACGUCCUGUGCAAGAUGCUCAGACGUUUUGCCGAGGACGCCGACGGCGCCGAGCCCAACUGCAACUUCGACAAGAUCACGGGCACCCCGUUCACCGACUGGAGCACCCGUGAGGGUAACGUCCACCUUCUCUCGUCAUCCGGGGGGGCGACGGCCACGGUGACGGGGCUCCAGUACCAGCAGUCCUGGCUCUGCGUCACGAGAGCAGGGAGGACGGCCACGGAGGUGUUUACCGACAUCACCUUCCGCCUGAAGCCGCUGGAGACCGACGGAGGAGGAGUUCAAGGAGGCCCUGGUGCACCAGCGGUAUCCGCUGACCGUGGUCAACCGGCACCUGCCGGCCGGCCUCAGCGAGAUCCUCAAGGAAGCCAGCCACAAGCCCCUCCGGCAGGCAGACACCAGGAAAAGCCCGGUUGGCCACCGCCCCGUCGGGGAACAACCCGGGGGCCUAACGAGUUCUCCCCAUCCUGCCACCGUUUUCUGAGGCCUUGCAACCGCGGGCCCGGGCCCAUCCCGCCAGGCAGGCUCCUGCACUCGGAGAAGAAAAGCCAUGCUGCUUCUAGUUCUCCAUUUCCACCGGGAACGAAACAAAAGGAAUUGGUUUCAAACGGCAGCGGAAAGGACGGAGAUGAGACAGGCGGAAGGGCUUCCCGCUGGAGGGAACCAGGGAAUGAGGGACCGAGAGUGACUGUGGCAUCUCCUUCCGUAAGGGGUUCUCACAGCCCCUUCUCCCGCCGCCGCCUCCUCCGUUCUGUUUUAUCCGCUCCGCCGAACGACUUCUUCUGGGUCAGGAAGGGCAUCCUGGAUGACACCGCCCGGCGAUUCCCAGUGUACGCGCCGGACUUGGCCGACGGCAUCAUCAGAAGCAACAAGGCGGUGGGGGAGUACAUCACCACCGUGAUGCCCCUGUACUCUGCCUGCCUUUUGCCCACCAUAGCCUUUGGCUGCCUCAACGACGAGAACACGCACGGUGCCAUAGACGUGCAGAAGGCCAUCGUGGGCCGGUGCGUCAGCGGGCUGCCGUACGCUCUGUUCUCUGGGCAGCGCCUGGUCGUGCUCCUGACCACCGCCCCUCUGGCGCUCUUCAUCAAGGUGAUCCGGGGCUUCCGUGAUGACUACAGCCUGGACUUCCAUGGCUUCUGUGCUUGGACGGGGCUGCGGAGCUGCUUCUCCCUCGCCCUCGCCGUCUUCAAUUUCAGCCUGGUCGUGAAGCUCUUCGAUAACAUCACCGCCCUGUUCAUCUCCAUCCCCUCUGUGCUCGACCCCGUCAAGGGGAUCAUCACAAGUGAGUCCCGGCCCCCUUCCCCUCUGCUGUCCCCCCGCUCCCCAGGGCUCUUCAAGGGGGGCAGGCCUCUCCCGGCGACCCGGGAAGUAGCGCGGCCAGCCAGGCAACUGGCAUGGCUGGCCCGGACGGGCGGUGCCAAGACACGGAGGACCGCCAGCACCCGAUUCGAAGACGGCGUCCUGGUAGGCCGGACCGUGAUAGGACCAUCCCACGGCCCCCCCGGCCUCAGCCUCAAGACGACCCUCCUGGUGAACUUGGUUGGUGGCACACUGUGCCCUCAGAACCAGACCGGCGGGCACGAGCCGGCGCACUACAGGCAGGAGACGGCCGUGCUGAGACUCAUGAUUAUGCCUGGGACCCUCUGGCUGGGCCACACCCUCCACCAGUUCAAGAAGAGCCCCGACCUGGACGCCCACAUUCGGGAGAUCCUGUCCGACCGCGCACUGCCCAUCUCGGUGCUCACCUUCUCCCUCGUAGGCCCCUGUUUCUUCCGGGAGAUAGAGAUGCCCGAGUUCAUCUACAACGCCAGCGAGGGCCUGUUUGAGCUGGCGCCGGUGCACCUGCCGUCCACCGGUGCAGCCCUGAGCGUGAUGGGCCUGGGCUUCUUGCCGUCCAUGCUCUUCUUCAUCGAGCAGAACAGCGCGGCGCCGUUGGCCAACAGCCCCGAGAACAGGUUGGUGAAGGGCACAGCUCACCACUGGGACCCGCUGCUGGUGGCUCUGAUCAACACGGGGCUGUUCCCGUUCGGUCUGCCCUGGAUCCACGCCGCCCACCCUCACUCCCCCAUGCACGUCCGAGCCCGGGCCUUCGUGGAGGAACAUGUGGAGAACGGGCGCAUCUGUGAGACGAUCGCGAGCGUGAAGGAGACUCGACCGACCACCCUGGUGGCCAACGUCCUGGUGGGGUUGUCCCUCCUGCUGCUGCCCUUCCCGCUGCAGUGGAUCCCAAAGCCCGCGCUCUACGGUCCGUUCCUCCAUAUCGCCCUCACCUUGAUCGACGGCAACUUGAUCACCCUUCUGCUCAAGAAACAGACGGCCUACCCCCAGACCCAUUACAUCCGGCGGGUGCCCCAGCGAACCGUCCACUACUUCACCGGGCUGCAGGUGCCCCAGCUGCUGCUCCUCUGUGCGUUUGGCAUGUCUCACCUGCCCUACAUGAAGAUGAUCUUCCACCUCAUCGUGAUGGCCAUGAUCCCCUUCAGGGAGAGGGCAGACUGGGGGUUGCUGACCGUGCCCCCCACCCCCUCACCCAGCUAUUUUGGAGAGCGGAGGGAGAAGCCCUCUGGGUUGAGUUUGGCUCCGUCAUGGACUUCUUCUCUCGGGGGCUUCGGCGGGUUGGGGGCGUUGAAGUCUCCAGGGGCUGCAGCCCCUCCCCAGCUGGUGCUUUGA